GUUUGUUAUACUUCAGUUUCCCAUACAUUUGACAGUGAAAACACUUACCGCUAAAAGGACGCCAUUUUAUUUUCUAGCGCUAGCCAGCGCUAUUAUUUUCCGUCAAACGCUCCCAUUGUCCUUGAUACUCUGUCUGUGUUGAUGGCGCAGUUUUGCAAUGAUUUCAAAUCAUGUCAUGGCUAUUUGAAUUUCACAACUAUUUAGCAGGCCUAAACUACAAGCAUGUCUCAUUGCAGGCAUGGUGUUUUUAACUUAUUGCCGUUUUAAAUACUAGUAUUAAGUUUACGUCAUGGAAUUUUUCAUAAAACUUCUCCACCUUUGUCCAACUUCAGUAAGGCAAUUGUCAAAACUUGUGACAGAUGUACUUGAUAAAAUUGUGAGCUUGCUUGAAUUUUUGUAUCCUGAUUUUGAUGUGUGAUAUCAAUUAAUAACUGCAAUGCUAAACGAAGUGGUCAAAGAUUACGCUGCGUACAUAAAACUGGAUGUGUCCAGUGGAUUUCAGACUGUGCAAGAUGUAAUUGACAACAUGCUAACAAGACUUGAAGAAUUAUCUAGUGUCUUGCAAAUGAUACGGAUCAAAAACAGCGAAUGCAAUUCGGCUGUGUCAGAAGAUAUUAUUAAAUAUCGACAUGAAGUAAACACUCUAUCAAAGAAGAUUGGUACUCUUCAUGAAGUCAUAAUGAAGUUGUACAAAAAUGUUGACCUGCUGGAGAAACAAGUGGAUAGAGCUGAAUCGGAUUUUGGUAUAACUAAUGACAAUAAACUAAAAAGUCUGUUAUUGCCAUUCUUAAAGAGAAAUAAGGAACCUACACCUGUAUCAAAUGCAAUAAUGGUUCCAGAGAAGAUAGCAUUGGAAAGUGUACUAGAUAGUUUUGAAGAUAAUGACGUGUCAUGAUGGCAAAUCUUAUUAAACAUAGAAUUAUUUAAA